GCCCCGGGACCCCGCGCGCUUGGGGCCCGGGCGGCGAGGAGGCGACCUGGACCCCGCGGCGCCCUCGUCCUGGGAGCGGCGAGCGCAGCGCGCAUCUGAAGACCUCCACGGCUCAGGAUGGGGAACCACGCAGGGAAGCGAGACUUAGGUGCCGAGAAGGGAAAUAAGGAUGGUGAAACUAACAGAGGAGAAUCUGAAAAAAAGAGAAACCUUCGUGACCUUUCCCGGGAGACCUCAGAAGACAAUGACGUGUUUGAUGUGGACCAGAACAAUGGGACCCCCUUGCAGGACACAGCGGUGACAGACUCCAAGCGCACAGCGGGCCCGAAGAAUGCCUGGCCGGAUGCCAGCCCAGCUGACCCCGGGGGCCGCCCCCAUUUGAUCCGCCUCUUUUCCCGAGAUGCCCCAGGGAGGGAGGACAACACCUUCAAAGACCGGCCCUCAGAGUCAGACGAGCUCCAGACCAUCCAAGAAGACAGCGCGGCUGCUCCCGAGGGCCUGGAUGUGAUGGCGGCUCAGAAGAGACCCUCCCAGAGAUCCAAGUACCUGGCCUCGGCGAGCACCAUGGACCACGCCAGGCACGGCUUCCUCCCCAGACACAGGGACACGGGCAUCCUCGACUCCCUCGGCCGCUUCUUUGGCGCGGACAGGGGUGCACCCAAGCGGGGCUCGGGCAAGGUCGCGUGGCUCAGGCAGAGCAGGAACCCCCUGCCCCGUCAUGCCCGCAGCCCGCCCGGGCUGUGCAACGUGUGCCAGGACGGACACCACGCGGCCAGAGCCACCCACUACGGCUCCCUGCCCCCGAAGGCGCAGCACGGCCGGCCCCAAGACGAAAACCCCGUAGUGCACUUCUUCAAGAACAUCGUGACGCCUCGCACACCUCCUCCAUCACAAGGAAAGGGGCGAGGACUGUCCCUCAGCAGAUUUAGCUGGGGAGCCGAGGGCCAGAAGCCGGGAUUCGGUUACGGGGGCAGAGCUUCCGACUACAAAUCGGCUCACAAGGGCCUCAAGGGGCACGAUGCCCAGGGCACGCUUUCCAGAAUCUUCAAGCUGGGAGGACGAGACGGCCGUUCGGGGUCCCCAAUGGCGAGACGCUGAAGCCCUGCCCCGUGUCCCGGAAUCCCGUCCGUCCCCAGCUUCUU